AUGGCAUUGUAUAAGGCUAGGGAGUAUAAGAUAAAGCAGCGUGAGGAUGCUAGUGAGCCGGAACUGGGUUCUUUAGAGGCAUUCCUCAAUCCGCCUCCUCACACGGAAGCUGUUGAGCUCGAUAAGACUGAGCUCGAUGAGGCUGUGGAUUCGCAGUGGGAGCUGACGUCAGGAGAAUCUUCUAGUAUAGUCUCCAGCCCUAGGGAUAGUCCUGGGACAAACUGCAAUAAUGCUGGGCUUGAGCGUGGCAAGUGGCGUCGAUUGAAGAAGGAGUUGUGCCCGCAGCUGACUGGGUAUAAGUAUGGGAAAUACAAUGGGUAUGAUACACGGAGGCUGAGGUCAGAGGAAGAGAGCUUGUCGAGGAAGAGGAAGACGCAGUUGCUGUUAAUAAAGGCGGGGUAG